GUACUAUAGUAUUUUUUUUGUUUAAUCCCUUGAGAUCAUGUUUUUUUAAGGAAGUUGAACAUGUGCUCUUUAUGACAGAAUGUUAAAACUAGGUGAAGGAUGUACUCUAUUCGUGGAAAGACUUAAUCAACCACGGUUUGUUUACAUGUAGUUAUCGUGUUCCUUUACUACUGGUCUGUAGGCUGCCUUCCACCUGGUCGGGGCUUUUUUUGCGUUUCUGGGCUCGCCUCUGAUCGGAAACAAGGCAUUUUCAAAAAUGAUUUGACUAGAACACGGAAGUAGGUUUGAAGACGACUCUAGCACAGAGUUUCUAAACCCAGAGUUGCAACCAUAGAAAUAAGAAUUAAUUCUUAUUUGUAUGGGCGCAACAUCGCGAGACUUCCGGGAACGCUUGUGAAACAAACCAAACAGACCAUGCUAUGGUUUGGGGUUUGAGAAAUCAAUGAUCGAAGUGAAAAUUCUUCCUUAGUUGUUGAACAUAUUAUUACUCCAAACUGUUGAAGGUGACAGGUACGUUUUCAUUUUCGUCAAAAACAACUUUUUGAUUUGACGGCCUGCACAUGCGCAGUUCGGCCCGAGACGACAUUUGACCCGAUGACUCUAGUUUGGAGUUUGACCCGUUCUACCAGCAAGAAUAAGGCUGUGACCUCGGGGAUUUUCCUUCAAAAUAAUAGUCCCACAAUGAAGAUCGUGAAAAAUAAUAUAAAAUGUUAUACAUUUAGACCAUUUGUAAAGAAAUGUUAGCAGACUUAGAAUUUUGUUUAACAAUAUUAAAAAAUAAAUAAAGUUAGUCGCCUUUAUAGCUCAAGUAAUAUUAUAGCAUUGACAUUAUUGUUAAUAGCACUUCUGGUUUCAAAAUCUACAAAGUUUAUAUUCAGAGGAGCAUCGCUGCAGAUAAUUUUGUACGGUGCAAUAAAUAAUAGUACUUAACAAAACAUUGUUGACCAUUCAGGUGUAAAUAUUUUUUUUAUAGAAAGAAAUGACAAUAUCUUUUAAAAAUACUUGUAAUUAUUAUUUGUAUGAUAACUAGUAUGAAAUAUGUUGAUAAUUGUGCACAUUUUCCAUCAUUUUCACAAUAAUUAUACAUUUACAAAAUGUUCAGGAUGGGACAUUUAUUCUGAAGGAUUUCAAAAAUCGGUGACCCGGAAGUACUAAUUUAUUCUUGCCCGCUUCACCGUCGGUUUGAUUUAGCAUACCUUGUUAGAAAUAAAGAAAGAUCAAGUGACUCAACUGAAGAGGCUACCUAACUCUCAUUUGACUGAAAAUGGCUAAACUAGAUUUGUUGCGUGUGUUUUUAAAUGAGCGCUUAACUGCGGCUGCGGCGGAGAUUUUCGGGGCCGUUGAGAAAACGGUAGUGGAGUAUCAGGAGGAGAAUCAUCGGCUUCGUGGACUGCUGCGGAUUACACCGGGGAUAAAACUAUACAAAAGAGACUCCCUGCAGCUCUCUCUCGCUGUCUCUGAAGAGGAGGUUCCCUCUGAGCAGCAGCACUGUGAGCAGGAGUGGAGCCCCAGUCUGGGGCAGGAGGACCCCGAGCCCACACAGAUUAAAGAGGAACAGGAGGAAGUCAGGACCAGUCAGAAGGAAGAGCAGCUUCAAGGGCUGGAGGCUGAUAUCAUAGAGUUCCAAUUCACUCCUUCCUGUGUGAAAAGUGAAUGUGAUCAGGAGGACCCACUUUGGUCCUUGACUCUUCCCCAAACCCAGACUGUGGAGAACAGAGAGAGUGAUCCUAAACAUUUUGGCACUGUGACCCACCUAAAGGGUUUUGAUAUUCCCUGUGACCCUCCAGAUAAUCAAAGCAAUGCGUCCAGCCACAGCUCAGCCAAAAGCAGCGACCCACUAGGACAUGACAGCAGCCAACCAUUGGAUCUGAACCUACCAAUGGGGGAACAUUGUUCCAAACCCAGCACCAUAUCUAUAAAAGCUUACCGCUGCCGGGACUGUGGCAAAACGUUUCCUCUGAAAGCGGGCCUGCAGAGGCAUGUGAAUCUCGACAAGAAGAGACUCAGUGAAUGCCACUUCUGCAAAAAACAGUACAACUCCACCUGUAAACUGAAGGCCCAUGCCCGACUAUGUCACGGUGGGAAACCCAGCACCUGCCCCUUCUGUGGCAAGACCUUCAAACACAAAGGACAUCUGUCUAGGCACAUGAGUAUUCACACAGGAGAGAAACCAUUUAGCUGUGGUGACUGUGGGAAGAGCUUCAAUCAGAAAGGGGGCCUAGGAAGACAUAUACUGACUCACACAGGAGAGAAACCUUUUAGCUGUCAUUUUUGCUGUAAAAGCUUCAGGCAGAAGAGGGAUCUAAGGAGGCAUAUACUGAUUCACACAGGAGAGAAACCAUAUAGCUGUGGCGACUGCGGUAAAGGCUUCAUUCGCAAGGAGCACCUAACUGCACAUAUGCGGACUCACACAGGAGAGUAGAGAUUUAUCUGUGGUGACUGCGGGAAAAGCUUCAAUCGUAAGGGGAAGCUGAGAAUUCAUAUAUGGACUCUCACAGGGGAGAAAUCAUUUAUCUGUGGUGACUGCUGGAAUUGUUUAAUUACGAAGACUAAGGGCUCUAUUCAAUCAGUGUUUUGGAAGUUCAGCAUGAUUGCCAUUACAUUUCAAUGUUGCUGAGUUAGCGGAGACUGUAUUCACGAUAAACACUGCAUACGUCACCUCAAUCAGAAUUUACCUUAAAAUUUCUAUUGUGCAAUCUGUAACGCUUCAGCGAUAUAGAGCCCUAACCUAACAUAUUUACGGACUCACACAGGGGAGAAAUCAUUUAGCUGUGGUGACUGCGGGGAAAGCCUCAAUAAGAAGGGGGACCUAACCAGGCAUAUACUGACACACAGGAGAGAUGUCACAUGGCUGCCCAGUUUGUGGUAAAAGAGUCACUCAGAAGGUAAACCUACUGAAGCAUGGAAAAAGAACAUACACAAACAAGAAACUGAAAGAAGGAAGAAAAUUGACUUAGAUGUUCUGUCAGAAGAUGGGAAUAAAAAUCAACUGUGGAUCAUUCAUGCUGUGUAUUUUAGAGAGAUAGAUACAUUAUGGAUUUACUUUUGUAAAAUGUUCGAUUGGAUUUAAAUGAUUAAGAAAUUAACCAGGAGUAGUGCAUUUAUUAUGGGAAUCUCACCAAUCUACUGUUCUGUUGAUGUUUUCACCUUAUUAGAAACCGGAAGAUCUGGAUGGGAAAAAUAUACACUGCUCAAAAAAAUAAAGGGAACACUAAAUAACACAUCCUAGAUCUGAAUGAAUGAAAUAUUCUUAUUAAAUACUUUUUUCUUUACAUAGUUGAAUGUGCUGACAACAAAAUCACACAAAAAUUAUCAAUGGAAAUCAAAUUGAUCAACCCAUGGAGGUCUGGAUUUGGAGUCACACUCAAAAUUAAAGUGGAAAACCACACUACAGGCUGAUCCAACUUUGAUGUAAUGUCUUUAAAACAAGUUCAAAUGAGGCUCAGUAGUGUGUGUGUGGCCUCCCUACAACGCCUGGGCAUGCCCCUGAUGAGGUGGCGCAUGGUCUCCUGAAGGAUCUCCUCCCAGACCUGGACUACAGCAUCCGCCAACUCCUGGACAGUCUGUGGUGCAACGUGGAGUUGGUGGAUGGAGCGAGACAUGAUGUCCCGGAUGUGCUCAAUUGGAUUCAGGUCUGGGGAACGGGCGGGCCAGUCCAUAGCAUCAAUGCGUUCCUCUUGUAGGAACUGCUGACACACUCCAGCCACAUGAGGUCUAGCAUUGUCUUGCAUUAGGAGGAACCCAGGGCCUUCCGCACCAGCAUAUGGUCUCACAAGGGGUCUGAGGAUCUCAUCUCGGUACCUAAUGGCAGUCAGGCUACCUCUGGCGAGGACAUGGAGGGCUGUGCGGCCCCCCCAAAGAAAUGCCACCCCACACCAUGACUGACCCACCGCCAAACCGGUCAUGCUGGAGGAUGUUGCAGGCAGCAGAACGUUCUCCACGGCGUCUCCAGACUGUCACGUCUGUCACAUGUGCCCAGUGUGAACCUGCUUUCAUCUGUGGCGAGCACAGGGCGCCAGUGGCGAAUUACUGCACUACCUGAGCCACUUGUGUGGGUUGUAGACUCCGUCUCAUGCUACCACUAGAGUGAAAGCACCGCCAGCAUUCAAAAGUGACCAAAACAUCAGCCAGGAAGCAUAGGAACUGAGAAGUGGUCUGUGGUUAUCACCUGCAAGAACCACUCCUUUUAUUGGGGGUGUCUUGCUAAUUGCCUAUAAUUUCCACCUGUUGUCUAUUCCAUUUGCACAACAGCAUGUGAAAUUUAUUGUCAGUGUUGCUUCCUAAGUGGACAGUUUGAUUUCACAGAAGUGUGAUUGACUUGGAGUUACAUUGUGUUGUUUUAGUGUUCCCUUUAUUUUUUGGAGCAGUGUAUAAUUCUCAGGCUGAUGAGAAAAUGGAAUGACUGAUGUUAUUGAUUUGUUAAAAAUGUAUACUUAUCCACUUUAUCCAGAAAAUGUCCUUCCAUCUGUCCAAGAGUAUAUUUAAUCCAUUUUCACCUCAUGCGAGUCAUUCAUGAUAUUGUUUAAAAUUUGGACUAAUGAUAUACAGUCGACUCCUCAUGAGUGCCCACUAUUUUAAGUUCCCAACAGUGUUUUUCCUGUCCCAAUUCAAUAACAUCUAUAUUAUAAUAUCGUCAGCCCUCUACGCUGUGCGAGGAUCUCCUGCAAUUUUGCACCGGUUUUCUUAGUUUUAGGCUCAAAGGAAGCGCGUCAUGCUCUUACAUGGUACUGUCAACUUUACAUAUUACCAGGGGAGACGAUGCUGUAAUAAAGUAUUUGACAGUAUUAGAACGUUCUCAACUGUCACAAACCGGCUCAAAGCCCGUAAUAAAAAGGGAGACAACAUGGAGAUAAGGAGUAACAAAACAUAUAUUUAUUAAAUAAAGUCAACCAAGUACAAUAUA